AUGAAGUAUAACCUGCCAACACUGCUGGCAUUGUGCCAGGACACAGGUGUACACUGCAAGUGGACCAGCGAAGCAAGACACUGCAGGCGAGCGCGUCCUGAUCGAAGCAAGAAGCCCAUCCUUUCAGAAAACCCUAGGAACCGACCGACUAGAGAGUCAGCCAGGUCAUCGCGACCGAACAAAAAUCCAGCAUCGAAAACGUCCAAGAACCGCCCGACCCGUAACAACAAGAAGUCCAUUCAGCCUGUUCUCUCCACGAAGGAUGCAGGAUUCGCCCAAUUUCUGAAAAAGCACACUUCCCCGAGACACCAGCGAGUCACAGCAGGGGGAAGAAUCGUUCCAAUGGAGCCACCAAGGUCACCCCGUCCUGAUGGCUCAUCAGCUGCACCAACGGAUGAAGCGAAUGACGAACCCAUUGUUUCGCAUGUCCUUGUUGAUGAUCAACUGAGGACUGGUGGCCAGAGCGGAGCACAGGAAAUCUUGACAAUCAUCCAUUCUCCCACAGAGUCCGAUAAUAACUUGCAUGAGCCGCGUUUGCCUUUGCAUGCAAGCACAUCCCAAUUCGCAGUUACCAUCGAUUCACGGAACUUGAGUGUUUCCCAGGCAAUGGAAGCAAACAUUCCAUAUGCUGAACACUUUGAGUACCAACCACUAGACGAAGAUGAUUCAGAGUUCGAAGAUGAUCAAGACUUCGGAGGUGUUGCUCGCCGGAGUCCAUCGGAAGUGCAGAGUUAUGAGACCAUAACUGAGGCCCAGGAGCGCCGACGACGAUGGUAUUUGAUCCAGGCUCUUAUCAAUUAUGAUGAUGCUGCAAUUGCGCAGAUGAUGUCGUUCGCUCGCCCGGUUGAUAUUCUCCCACGUUGCGACUUUUAUGUUCGAUAUGUACGGGUGGCGUGGACAUAUGGCCUUGGUGCGAUGUUUGAGGCAAGGGCGCGACUGAUGAGCAAACUCCGGUACCAUGAAAUGUACCUGGAGGAGGUCAACGAAUUCAUUGCGAUGGACCCAGUGAUUCCAGCUGGCGAUACUUGUUAUCGAUUGCGUGUUUACAACACCAACGAACGGGCAAGAAUGCUCAACGCUCUUGAUUACUAUCAGAUGCUCGCAGAGGCAUCUCUCACGAACAAUGCCAAUAACACAGGAGAUAUUACCGUCGAACCAGCCCAUAAAGAGCAACCCAGAAGAACGAUCCAUGGUGGUUCACAUGGUAACCUGUCGACUGAUGGUACCAAUGAGGUUGUGCGUCCCAAAAUCUCUCGUGGGGUUGAUAUUAUUGACCCUAACACUGGCCAUCCCAUCCAAUUCCAGCGGGAACAAUCAACAGCCACAAACAGCAUCCAGAAUGGAACAGGCCACACAAACGGGAACAACUCAGACUUUGAUAACAUGCAGGUUGAUGGAAGCUCCGAGUUGCUGAUUCGUGAUGAUGGAAAUGGAAAUCGAAACAGGAGCAGAAGCAGCUCACUCUUCGAUCAGAUUCCGGUUGAUAGAAGGUCGGAUUUGUUUCAGGACACGGGUGGAGCUAGCGGCAACAUGCCUGCAGGAAGCAAUGACCCGCUCUUUGACGCUAAUAACCGAUUGGGCAUCCACAUUGAUCCUGAAAGGGGUUCUGAGACGGAAAUCAAUGAAAUCACAUCAUGGAUCCCCCAGGAGACAUGGACAGAACGUCGCCCGAGAAAUGGAAGGCGCAUCAGUAACACCUUGCCUCGGAAUUUCGGCCGAAACAUCAACAAUUUGAGAUCAGCAUUGCAUUCAAUUACUGAAAUCGGCCAUGAGGAGCACGCCAUCGAAUUGACUCGCACGGCUGAAAAUGAUGGGAGUCAUACACCAGACCUCGCGUUUAGCGUCGAUGAUCAGAAUGGGCUUCACUUUCUUCAGAAUGAGCACCGUAGCGCAUCAGUUUCAAGCGGUUCUGAUGACGACCCACAGACGAUCAGAGCCUCUAGCCCCGGACCUGGACUGAAUGAGGAGAUACUCUCAGAGCUCUCCUUUGAUCGCCAGCGCGGAAGUAGUGAGGUUUCGGAUUUCCAAACACCUCUCAUUCCAACGGACUUUUUCGAUGUGCUUGUUGUAGACGUGGAAGGAUCCAGUGAACGGAGGGGACGCCCCUCAACCCAACGAUCAGAUGAUGGCAUGAACCACAGCUACAGCGGGAGUUUCACCAUGACAAUGAGCAGUUUCGGAGCGGAUUACCCCGAUGAUAUGUCUGACACACCACUAUUGUCUCGGAAUAGCCCAUUCGGCAGGUAUAGCCACUUAUCCCGGAAUAGCCUGAGCAGAGCGAUCUCGAGGUCGAGUGUCCGCCGGAGACACUAUGUACCUGUGGGUGGUCUUAGCAGCGUUGGUUCCCGUAUGAUCUCGUCGAGUCUGAAUGCCCGUCGACGACAUGACGCACGUCAAAAUGUCCGAAACGCCCGUCGCUCGCACACAUCGAGAUUGAUUGAUGACUUGAGAGACGAAGUACCGGCAACAACUGUUCUCGGUUUCGACGCGCCAGAUAGUCAGCAGCACACCGCGUACUUGCCAGUGUACUCGUCGCGGUUGAUCAAUGCCAGCGUCAGACAUACCGCUCCCGCCAUUGUGAACAUGAGCAGAAUCAAUGCACAUGCUCACAACUAA